UGGCGGUAUGGCAGCGUCCCUUAGGGCCGAGGAGCCGCUGGCGCGGAGAGAUACAGAGUCUAUUCUGGAGCCUCUAUCUCUGCCAGAAGCUUGCAGUCUUGCUGCUGUAGAAAGUUCUCCCUAUGUGCCUUGUAUUUUCUGCAAAGAAUGCUAUCUCCUAGCAGAACAAAGCCAGCUCCUGAAGCAUAUGAUUAUUGAACACAAGCUUGUCAUAGCAGAUGUGAAACUGGUUGCAGAUUUCAGAAGGUACAUCUUGUACUGGAAGAAGAGGUUUGCAGAACAGCCCAUCACUGACUUUUGCAGUGUGAUAAGAACAAAUUCACAAGCCCCAUUAGAAGAGCAGGACAAUUAUUUUCUUCUAUGUGAUGUUUUACCAGAAGACAGAUUACUUAGAGAACAGCUUCAACAAAAGAGACUGAGAGAAAUUCUUGAACAGCAACAACGAGAGAGAUAUGACACAAGUUUUCAUAGCAUGUGUAUGUUCUGUGAUCAAGAAUUCACAGGAAACAGAUCUAUCCUGCUCAAUCAUAUGGCAAGAGAGCAUGCUUUUAAUAUUGGGUUGCCAGACAACAUUGUGAAUUGCUGUGAGUUUUUAGCUGUAUUACAGGAGAAGCUCGACAAUUUGCAGUGUUUGUACUGUGAAAAAGUCUUCAGAGACAAAAACACGCUUAAAGAUCACAUGAGAAAGAAGCAGCAUCGCAGAAUCAAUGCCAAAAACAAAGAUUAUGACAAAUUUUAUGUCAUUAAUUACUUGGAAUUUGGAAAGUCCUGGGAGGAAGUGCAGUCAGAGGAUGACCGAGAACUGCUAGAUAACUUAGAAGAAGAUUGGUCUGACUGGGAAGAGCAUCCUGUAUGUGCAGUUUGCCUGUUCUGUGAACAACAGACAGACACCACAGAAAAACUGUAUCUUCACAUGCAGAAAUCACAUGGAUUUGACUUUCCUAAAAUAAAGUCAGAGCAUGGUCUGAACUUCUAUCAGCAAGUAAAGCUAGUAAACUUCAUUAGAAGAGAAAUCCAUCAUUGUCGUUGUUACAACUGCCAGGAGACAUUUCAGUCUAAAGAAGGACUGAUAAGUCAUAUGGAAAAGACCAAACACAUUACAUUCCUGCCAGACAGAUCUACAUGGGAUCAACCACAGUAUUAUUUUCCUACCUAUGAAAAUGAUACACUCCUAUGUACUCUGUCAGACAGUGAAGAUCUGAUAACUGAGGAUCAAAGUGAAGACAUCCCUGUUGUCAUUGUUACAGCAGUCAUUCAAAGUAUGGGAGUCUUGGCUCAGUGCAAUUCCCUGCCUGAGAAGAUACAAAGCCAUAGCUUUGCCUUUGCACAGCCCUCCUUACUUGAAAUAGAUUGCUGACAAUGAAAUGAAGAGCAAAUAAGACAGGAAGAAGCUUAGCCUUUCUGAAGAAGGAUCAUGAAUAUGUGACAAUGGUGGCCUCCUGUAUUUUCACAGGCAGUGACUUACCAUACAUCCUUUGGUAAAUACUGUUGCUUUCUGGUGUCUCAGUUCCCUAAACAGCAGGAUUGUGAUUAUAUGAUAACAGGGAGGGAAAAGGCACAUAUAAGACAGGGCUCCUGUGGAUGCAUGC